CCAACUUGCAUGCUGUAAAUAAAGCCGCCAUGGAUGUGAAGUCCACCAAGCAAGCGUUAGAUGGAAUCCAAGUCACAGCAGUCGCCUCCCUGAAGAAAGUGGCCAGCAAGCAGCUGCACCCGCUGGCGGCUUUGAGGUUCAAGCUAUUUCUGACCGUUGUGCUAUAUGCCGCUUCUUUUACGGCAGUCGCAGUGUUGCAGAGCUCAUCCCAGGAGACAUUGCAGCUUGAACAGUUUGAGAUCAACAACGUGACUAGCGGCACCAUGAUGUUUUCGCUGAAAGAUUGCAACAUGGAUGUGCAAUUGAAGGAUGGAAACUCCAUCGUUUUGAUUGAGACCACCAUGGAUCAAGGUGGCGAGCGUCGCUUGCAUGUAAAGUGGAACGCUACCAGCGAUGUGCUGAAAGUGAAUUGUGUUGGCCCUGCAGCCUUACAUGGUGAGGCCGUGACUGUCGUAGUCCAGGUCGGUCGCGAGAUUCACUUCCACUUAGUAGAUCUGAUUUUCGAGCCUGGAGGCCGCAGUUUGUUUCGCUCUGCAACAUCUGUGGAUUUGGGUGACAACUUCAGCGUGACAGGGGACGACGGUAUUUUGCAGAUCUAUCCAAGCAAAAUUGGCAGCAUGUCUGUGCAAAUGGACUCCGGGUUUAUUUUUCUUUAUGAAGUAGACUUUGACGAGGCGAGCUUUGUUCUUGGCGGCGAAGUUGACGUGUAUUCGUGGCAGGAUACAUAUCAACGUGGCAUGAAUGUAAAUUUGCAGACUGGGGACGGGGUAAACGUUACUGCUGGUCUUUGCCUGUCGGAUACGGCAGGACGGCCAACACUGCAGCUUCCAACAUCAGAUGACUUUGAUUCCAGCUUCUCCUUAGGAUCCUCCGAAAACCCGCGGAUCUUGAAUGUCACUCGUGGCAAUGCCUUGAGUCGGCUUUUCCUGACGCAUGGCGUGUGGAGGAGCCAGAGGAACUGUGGAAACACGUGGGAUUCUGUGGUGAAGGUGGGUGCCCGACUUGAUGACAAGUUUGCCGCCUGGUCAACUGAAGUGUCGCAGUCAGGAACUGAGCUGAUGAAUCUCUGGCUCUUGGGCGGUUCGUUGGGAUCAGAGAUCCAGUCCGUGACGUCGAGCGGCUUUUGGAUCUUCUCGCAGUUCGGCGAUGCACUUAUGUGGUUCCCCGUGGGCCUUUGGAAUAUCUUCACGUUGGGGAUUUUCUCUCCUCGCACAGCGCGAGAAGUGUUCCUAGUGAAGGACUCUCUUUGCCUCGCCAAGCGCGACCGCAUCACCGCCGGCGCUACAACCUGCCGCGCCCGGAACUCCACCGAGGAGGCUUUGCAUACCCAGGUCCUGGAAAACUGUGCGCAGGCCUGGCGGAAUUCGCUGCCUGAAUCGCUGAAUUUGACCAACGCCAGGAAUGGCCGCAUUUAUUAUGUGCUCCGUGAGUUCCGCCGGGGCGGUUCGAUGUUCCCUUCGCUGGCCGAUGGCGCCGUGUCCAUGCUAUCUGCCACCACCAGCGCUUUCGUGAAGCUGGUUGCUGGCCCUCAGAGCUUGCGGGGGGUCCCCGGGCUUUUGUUCGUCAUUAUCAUGAUUCUGCUGGCCGUGGCGGGAGGGGUCUUUGCUUGCCUCCUGGUGGCAUCUUUGUACAAGAUGCAAAAACGCAGGUACCUCAAAGCGAGGGGUGCCCUGGAUUGCAAGCUGAUGCAGAAUGAGGUUUUGAGGAGCAUGCUACACAUGGAGACCAGAAGCAAUCUGCUCAUGACUUUGGUGCGGUGCCUGAUUCUGCGCUCCCCCUCUGGCAAGGCGUCUGUCACGAUUCUCAAGGCUGUCGAGCUGUGCUUUGGCCAUUUUAUUGUAACGCAACUUCUCAUCACGCCUUUGGUGCUGAUAGCGGUUCUGAAUGUCUCCAACAUUGCAGAGCUCCGAGCAAUGUGCAAUUUCAACGAAUGGAUGGAAGGAGCUUGCUUGAAUAUUCGCCACCGGAGACUCUCGAACAUCAUCCUUGUGGCCGCAAUGGUUAUGAACAGCAUAUUUUUCCUAACUACCCUUUUGGAGUACUUCACACGCCACGGGCUUGACGUAGCAGAAGAAAGCGGCAAGUGUCCCACAGCCUACCGAGCUGCAAUGACGAUCCGGGGCUCCCUGCCGUACCGUACCUUUUUGACCACGAGUCUUCUAUUUUCGCUGUUCUUCUUCUGCGCCUAUUUUAUCACGGUCACUAUUUUCGUGCUGCUGGGUACGUUGUUGAAGCCCGAACGGCUGGCACCCAUUCUUUUGUCCAUUGCUGGAGCGGUGGUGGUGGCGCAGCAAGUGACGCAGAAGUUCGAUGAGAUGGUGGAGAAGGCCAAGACCAUGGCAGCGGAGUGGGCGGCCACGAGCGCCAACAAAGCCUUGGACUUUGCCAAGGGGGCCAUUGGCGAGGUAGAAGGAAUGGCCAGCUCGAUCAUGAACACGCCGUUUGCACAGCAAGCCUUGGCCAGAACGGGUGUGGACGCAGAUGAUUUCAGUGCCGAGAAGGUGUCUGCAAUGGCAGGCAAUUUGAUGACCUCAGCUGCACAGGAAGCUGUGGCAGAAGCCGCCAACGCGAAGAACUUCAAUUCAGAGGCAGUCAUGAGCAGAAUGCGACAGGCAACUCAAAAUGCUGCCGCCACUGCUGUUGGUCAAGCUCAGGGUAUGGUCAUGGCAAGAGCGCAGCAAGCUGCUAUGCUUGCUGCUGCCUCUGCUGCUGGUCAAGUGGAGGGCGUGGCAGGUUCUGCAAUGACUUCGGCGACCAAAGAAGCCAUGGCAAAAGUGGGUUUGGACGCCGAUUCCCUUAAUGAAGAUGUUAUGGCAAGGGCGCAGCAAGCUGCUAUGCUUGCUGCUGCCUCUGCUGCUGGUCAAGUAGAGGGCGUGGCAGGUUCUGCGCUGACUUCGGCCACUAAAGAAGCCAUGGCAAAAUUGGGUUUGGACGCCGAUUCCCUUGAUGAAGAUGUUAUGGCAAGGGCGCAGCAAGCUGCUAUGCUUGCUGCUGCCUUUGCUGCUGGUCAAGUGGAGGGCGUGGCAGGUUCUGCACUGACUUCGGCGACCAAAGAAGCCAUGGCAAAAUUGGGUUUGGACGCCGAGUCCCUCAAUGAAGAUGUUAUGGCAAGAGCGCAGCAAGCUGCGAUGCUUGCGGCUGCCUCGGCUGCCGGUCAAGUGGAGGGCGUGGCAGGUUCUGCACUGACUUCGGCGACCAAAGAAGCCAUGGCAAAAUUGGGUUUGGACGCCGAGUCCCUCAAUGAAGAUGUUAUGGCAAGAGCGCAGCAAGCUGCGAUGCUUGCGGCUGCCUCGGCUGCUGGUCAAGUCGAGGGUGUGGCAGGUUCUGCAAUGACUUCGGCCACUAAAGAAGCCAUGGCAAAAUCGGGUUUGGACGCCGAGUCCCUCAAUGAAGAUGUUAUGGCAAGAGCGCAGCAAGCUGCGAUGCUUGCGGCUGCCUCGGCUGCUGGUCAAGUCGAGGGCGUGGCAGGUUCUGCACUGACUUCGGCGACCAAAGAAGCCAUGGCAAAAUCGGGUUUGGACGCUGAGUCCCUCAAUGAAGAUGUUAUGGCAAGAGCGCAGCAUACGGCUGCCUCGGCUGCUGGUCAAGUCGAGGGCGUGGCAUGUUCUGCCAUGACUUCGGCCACUAAAGAAGCCAUGGCAAAAUCGGGGAUAGACGCCGAUUCCUUUAAUGAAGAUGUUAUGGCAAUGGCGCAGCAAGCUGCUAUGCUUACUGCUGCCUCUGCUGGUCAAGUGGAGCAAGACCGAGGUGACGACACGCGCCUCAAAAAGAAGAAAGCGACGACGCGAAAAAAGGCGGCUCCUCGACCAAAAGGUGCUGCAAAGGCCCUCGGGGGCCCGCACGCCGGGGACACUGCAACUCUGGAGGCCUUUCUGAGCGAGCCGGGCGAUUCGGUCAGUGGCAUGGACCAGCACAGCGUUUUCCCACACAUGCCGAUGGCAGGCAGUGAUGCACGGGAAGCUGUUGAACCCGCUGGUGAUGUUAUCUUGAGCUUCGCCAAGAAAGAACUGCCCGCUCCCCCGUCCACCUCAACUGGUGCAUCUAUUGCUGGUAUGGCGCAGGCAGCAACUUUGAACGAUGCUGGCAUUCUGCACCGAGCGAUUGACAUCAACUUGACUUGCAGUGAAAAUUGGGAGAGGUUUGGGAACGCGGGUGGGGCACACAAUGGGUUGCUCAAGUCGCUGAACACCGUUGUCGGGCCUGCCAUGGAGGACAUGGAGGCGGCGCUGGGGUCUAUAGAGGAUGCUAUGAGCGAGGAGGGCUCGGAGGAGUCUCUUGACCUGGAGAAUGUCCUGGUCAUGAUGGGCUUGAGCAAGGGGCAGCUGCUGCUUCUAAAUAUUAAUGCGGUCCUUCUUUUCUUGUCCUUUGUGGGCUUCGGUCUUGUUGGCUCAUUUCUCUUCCUGGGUGGAUGCAUGGACGCCUUGAUUCCACAGCUAACGUCAACUGCAAGCACCUUGGUAAAAACCAGUCGCCAUGAUCCGAUCUAAAAGUCGGGAGAUCAAGAGUGGCGACUUCUCCGCCAUGUCCGGCGCUCUUAAGGACGCCCUGCAACCCCCGCAGAAUGCGUUGGCCAAGAAGCAGCAGUGACCCCACAAGUCGCGCCUUUGUCAAGCAGAGGGGCUACGUGCAGCUGCUGAGUCAUGCUACGCCAUGCCAAGCAUUGGCGUGAGUUGGCCUGCCAUGAAUUCCAGUUAGAAUUUGAGUUUUUGCGGUCAGGCCGCUGCCGUGUUGGUGCAUGUUGGCUGCGCACCCUCAUUCCCCAGGCCAACUCGCAGUGAGACGCAUGCUUGGAGCAUCAAGUUUGCGCACCA